AUGGCCAAAAGACUCAGUGGAUUACAAAAAGAAGUUUUGCAUUUAUACAGAGCCAGUGUGAGAGUAGCCCAUACUAAACCUAAACAGAAUCAACCGCAUUUCAUCAAUUAUAUAAGGGAGGAGUUUGGUAAGCACAAAGACCUACCAAAAAGAGACUUUACCACUAUUGAGCAUCUUCUGAGGGUGGGGAACAAAAGAAUCAAUCUUUACUCUUCUCCUGAAUUGAAGGAUAUCAAUUAG